AAUUAAUAAAAACAUUCACCUCUUUAAACAAGGAAACAGUUUAGGACCGAAGAAUCACCUCACCUGAACCAGCUCUGUGUUGUACCCACACGUCUUCAUCAAAACAAGAUGAAAAAAAUAUUUUUGUUGCUUCUCUUCUGUCAAGUUUCAUCAUCAGUGGACCACUCCCUGAAAAUGUUCGCAACUGGAUCAUCUGGAGUCACAAACCUCCCAGAUUUUGUACUAACUGCAAUGGUUGAUGAAAUUCCAAUAGUUUCCUGUGACAGCAACAAAAAAAUAGAUCCAAAACAGGACUGGAUGAAAAAAUUAUUUGAAGACCAUCCUGAUCAGUUUGAGUGGUACACUCAACAGAGUUUUGAGAUUCAGCCAAACUUUUUCAGAAACUGCAUUGAGACAUUGAAGCAGCUCUUCAACCAAAGUGGAGGCAUCCACACUUUUCAGAUGAUGAGCGGUUAUGAGUUGUAUGAUGAGAAAAGAGACGUUCAAGGUUUCAUACAGUUCGGUUAUGAUGGAGAAAACUUCAUAUCAUUGGAUCUGAAGACAUCAACAUGGAUCGCUCUAAUACCAGAGGCUGUCAUCACCAAAGAGAGAUGGGAUGCUGACAUAGUUUUUAACCAAUACGUCGUGAAUGUCCUCACACAGAUUUUUCCUGAAUGGCUGAUGAAGUAUUUGGAGUAUGGCAAGAGCUCUCUGCAGAGAACAGAGCUUCCCUCAGUGUCUCUCCUCCAGAAGACUCCCUCCUCUCCAGUCACCUGCCAUGCUACAGGUUUCUACCCUUACAGGGCCAUCAUGUUCUGGAGGAAAGAUGGAGAGGAGUUUCAUGAGGACGUGGACCACGGAGAUAUCCUCCCCAACCAUGAUGAAACCUUCCAGAUGAGCGUCGACCUGGACCUUUCAUCAGUCAUACCUGAAGACUGGAGGAGGUACGACUGUGUGUUUCAGCUCUCUGGUGUAAAGGGCGACAUCGUCACCAGACUGAACAAAGCAGAGAUCAGGACCAACUGGGUGGAGCCGAGUGACAUGACCCUCCUCAUCGCUGCUCCAGUGGUUGUUCUUGGUGUCGUCUUCAUCGCUGUCAUCACUGGAUUAAUCAUUUACUUUAAGAAGAAGACAGGUGAGAGAGAAAAAUGGAAAGUAGGCCUACUUUGAUUUUAGUCUUUGAGUUGA